CAUCAUCUACCCGUCUUUGUUAUUGUUUCCAUAUGUCACAAGUGAAAAAAUACGUCCAGUAGAUCUCAGACUCAGCCUAAUUGGCAGAAGUGUUUCACGCGUUCUUCUUGUAGUCUGACUCUUCUUAAAGUAAUGUCAAGGUGUUUUCACCUAUAAUUCCCACUCUACCUGCUGCUGUGUGUCGAGAAAGCCUUCAUUUUGUCUUCCUCUGACGACACGCAGCUGCUGGACGUCAAGUACUACUGCGACCGUUACGUAUUUCGAGGAGAUAGACUUUCAUCUUUCCUAUUGAGUUUGAGCUGGCUCUACCUCUACUGAAUCAACGGUAGUACCAUAUAGAAAUAUGGCGGACGACGGCGCGUCCAGCUCCUCGUCGUUGCCGUUCAGUAGCGGCGACGACGAGGCCAACAGCCGGGUGAAGGAGUUGCUGAACCGGUGGCGGCGGAAGCCCGAUGCGAAGCAGGUCCAAGUCGUGGUCAAGUCGGCGGCGUCCAAGCUUCUGGGGUUCCGAGCGAAAGCCGCCGCGCGGGCGGCCGCCGCGGCCAAGCAGGUGGUGUCCUCCUCCUCCUCAGAAGCCCCGGCGCUGAGCUCCUCCUCCUCCGAAGCGGGCGCCGACAACGCGGGUGGGGGCGCGAAAAAAGAAAACGUCGACGACGCGGCGGCAAUAAAGGCGGAGAAAGAGAAAAAGGAGAAAGAGGCUGAGGCAGAAAAGGAACAAGCAGCUGCUAAAGCCGCCGAGGAGGAGAAGAAGCGGAUUGAACGAGAACAGGCCGAAGAAAAGGCAAAAGCCGAAGCGGAGCAAAAGGCCAAAGAAGACGAAAAAGCAAAAGCCGAAGCGGUGGAGCAAAAGGCCAAAGAAGAGCGCGAGCGCGCGGAGGAGCAAGCGAAAGCGGAUGCGGCGGCCGCCGAGGCGGAGAAGCAGCGUUUGGAGGCUGAGGAGAAGGCCAAAAAGGAGGCAGAACAAGUGCAGGCGGCAGCGGAAAGUGAGCGACAGCGCGCCGAGCAGGAAGAGAAAACCAAGGCCGAAGCUGCCGAAAAGGAGCGCCUAGCAGCUGAGGAAGUAGAGACAUCCAGGAAGGCAGAGGCAGAAGAGAAAGCUCGCGCCGACCAAGCAGAAAAGGAACGACUCGAAGCGGAAGUGGCCGAGAAAAACCGCCUUGAUGCCGAACAAAUGGAACAGCAGGCUGAGAAGGAUCGCAUUGCAGCAGAAGAAGAAGCCAGAGCAGCGGCUGCACAAGCAGAGCGUUUGGAGGCGGAAGAAAAAGCACGUCAAGCGGCGGAAACCGAAGCUGCAAAUGCGGCGGCUGCGGAGAAGGAGCGGAUAGAGGCAGAAGAAAAAGCGAAAGUUGAAGCUGCAGCAGCUGCCCAAGCCGAAAAAGAGCGGCUUGAGGCAGUAGAGCAAAAGGCACGUGCUGCACAAGAGGCCGCGGAGAGCGAACGGCGCGAGAUGGAGGAAAAUAGAUCCCGUGCGGCGGAGGCGCAGGCGUCGGCCCCGACAACUGAAGGAGAGCAAAAGCCCGUCGACGAGGCCGGGGAUGAAGCAGCCCAAAACAAAGCGGAACGCGCUACGACUGAAGCGGAAGAGCAGGCCCGUGUUGAUUUGGAGGAAAAAGAGAGACUUGUCCAGGCAGAGAAAGAGGCUGAAGAAGCGAAACGUGCACAAAAAGAGGCGGAGGAGCAAGCGGAGGUGCAACGACUCUCUCAGCAACAAGAGGCCGAAGUAGAGAAGGCGCGAUUGGAGGCAGAGGAACAAGCAGAGGCUGGGCGCGUUGAACGAGAACGGCGCGAAAUCGAAGAGCAGAAACAAGCACGUGCCGUGGCCGAGGAGGAAGCAGAAACUGCUCGCCGCGCAAAGGAGCAAGCAGACACUGCUGAAAAGGAGCUCCGCGAACAACGCGAACGGGAACAACAACUCGCCGAAGCCGAGGCUGCACGGGUUACUGCGGAGCGGGCUCGCAUAGCUGCGGCAGCAGAGAAAGCCGCCGCGGCCGAGGAAGAGCGUGCGCGCGCCGAGCGCCUUUUGGCAGAAGAAAAAGCUCGUCUGGCGCACCUGGAACAAGAAGCGCAAAAACUGGAACGGGAAUUGGAGGAGGAGAAGCUUCGCAAGGAGGUAAUAUCAAUGGAGAAAGCUUCUUCAUCAGCUGCGGUCGCUGCCGAAGGAACAAGCUCGUCCACGGAGCCGGCAACAGCAAGCAAACAGGGUGCUGCAGAACAGCAGCAAGUCGUCCCUUCCAUUGCACACGAGGUCCCAACCAGCAGGCAGGAAGUAGGCGAGCAGACACAGGAGCCGCACUUUUCGGUGCAGGAUGAGGAUUUUUACGGUGGCCCCCGCAAAGACAACAAAAACAAGAAGGAGUACGAGUUGCCAGGCAAGAAAAACUUCGCUACGAUGAGGGUAGACAAAAAUCGCCCCCAAGAUCAAGACCUGCGGCUCGCAAUGGAGUUUGAAAGACUCCAGUUGGCCGACGAAACGAAAGAGGAGGUCGCACGACGACGCAGGCACCAUCGUCGGGACCGGUCGUUGACACCACCUGACGCGCCCCGGGAAGAUCGAGGUGCGCGCGAGCCUGAUCCGAAAUUAGAUCUGUCGGAAGGGGUAUUCUUACCAUUUUUCCGGCAGGACGCGUCCAAGCCCUCGAGUCGUGGACCCUCCGCAGUCAUCAUGGAAGCCCCCGGACCCCGCGGUCCCCCAGGUACUUACAACUUACCUUUCCUUGAUAACACCUCACACUCACUCUUAUGCACAUCAUAUAACGUUUUUAUCAUCGACCACAUGAUUAUAACCAAAGCAUACGCUUUGUUAUUGUUUUGCUUUCGUGGUCGGCCGUACUGUUGGCACAACUUGUGGCGAGCGCUGUGAAUUUUUUUCUCAGGCACCUGACGAAAAUGUAUUUCGUCACACUUAAAUGUCAAGGAUAAUUUCUUUUUCACAUCAGUUCUCACGGAGCAGGAAUUGGCCGCACGAGACAGAGCUGCGAGGAAACAGCCCAUCGCGAAGCCCGAGUUCAUAAAAACGCCGGGUCCCCCCGGUAUUUUCAUCAUCGAGACCGUCGGCGGCAAAACGGGGCGGUUGCCGCUCUCCCCAAUGAAGAAGCCCGAGUUGGAGCGGCCGGUGCUUCCGGCUGCGGGAAAGAGGAGAGAGCGCCACCCGGGAGGCGGCGUCACGGCGGGUGCAGCGACGGCCGGCGCGGCUUUUAACGUCACUGCGUACGAACAGAAACAGGGAUCUCACGGUCCGAGCAGGAGAAACCGACCCGCAGACAGACCACACGAGCUGGGAGACUCGGCCAAGAAGUAUUUGCAGGAAGCCGAGCCGAGCGCAGAUAGUGCCAAGGACAAGAAAGUUGAUCCUAAGUUGCAGAAGAAGAUCGAGGCCAGCAUGAAGUUUCCCCGUCUGACUACCCCCUUCGAGGUGAACACCAAGACACUGUUUCCCGACCCCACGGUCGCCAAAAAGCUUCGUGAGCAGGAGUUCCAGGCCAAGGCGGCGGAAGAAGUGCGCAGCAAGAUAUACCUGAAGUUCGAGACUGGCGAACCACCAAAACUUCUGGAGGACUCGCACGGUAACGGCUCCUCCACUACCGCAGCCAGUACAUUUCGCGAGAAAGAAGGCAAGGUGGAACAACAACAAAUGGCGUCCAGUAGCACCACCCUGCCAAGCACGAUAAAGGGGUCUUCCUCUCCUGGAGCUCCUGCCGCCGCUGGUGGAGGCGCCGCUAGCGAACAACAGGAGUUGACUCAGCAAGUAGCUUCUAGCACGGUGCACGCCAAGACGCCGGAUCAUAUUACCCCGUCCGGGGCUGCCGCGGCCAGUUCUUCGUCUGCGGAACCGACGAGCAACAAACCCCUGCGCUACAAGUACCAUGGCACCCCCGGGGCUCCCUCCCGCCUGUCUGAAAAGGGGGAAUGGAAAAUGGACCUGGAUCUGAUUCCGAAUCGCAGGUGGCCCAUGGACAACGCCAGUUAUAAGAAGCAGCUGCACGCGGAGUGGCAGCGGGAGUGGAUCAACCAGAAGAUGCGCGAAACGGGUAAGUCCGAGCAGGAGCUCCGGCAGCUCAUCAAGCGCGAGGAGAAGAAUCGGGACAAGAAACGAUCUCCGCGCAACCGCGGCAGCUCGCUCUCCCCCAAGGGCCUCCCGGUCGUUGCCACCGGCGGUGGCAUCGCCGGUGCGCGGGAAACCUACCGCGGGAUCGCGCCCGAGCCGAAGCGCGUGCUGGAAGGUUCCCCCGAGCAGAAGCGCACGCUGCCGCUGAACACGGGACAGCGUAUCGACAUCGACACCAAGGAGCGCCUCACCGUGCCGCUGUCGCCGCGGAACCCCGACGGGUUUCGGGACGGGUUCGCCUACAACAGCGGCAACUCCUCGGGGGACGACGUGCUGCACGGAAAAAAGGGUGGAAACAAACCGGUAAAGAAAAUGAAAAAGGAGGACUGGUUCAAUAGGCAUCACGUCAUCGGCGCAAAAGACAACUUGACGAAGCAGCCCCAGUUCCGGGACUACUUUGACGCACCAAAAGAGACCAUGGACAACAUUCGAGAAGGCAAAACGGAUCCAAUAUACUUCGAAGUACUGCUGCAGCAGGAAAUCGAUAUGGGAAAAUAUCACUAAAGACGUCCCUGCUGGAGGUGCCUUUCUACAUAUUCGAAUCUGAAUAUGAAUUUUCUUUAUGCUACGUACUAGGCAAGCGAAAUUGCACGCCUUGCGGCCGCAGCUCGUCUAGGUUUUUUUUGUGUCUCUCGUCGAAUAUAGUUCUACAUUCUAGUUCUACCCCAUUCCCAUCGUAUUUCCAUAAUAUGAUAUUCCGCUGUACCCUGUGAAAUGGAAAUCUCAUCGCUUUAACAAGAUCUUGAUUUGCACCUUUUUACGUCCGUUGUAGAACCUAUCUAGGUAGCUGAGACGCGUGCAGAUCAAGAGCGCGCUUUUUAUCUGAGUACGCAACAUGCGAGCGUGUCGACAUUAUUUGAGCGGAUAAAAAACAACUAUAUUAACUUAUCUCUUGCUUCGGUUGUGCCGUCCGCAGAAGUAUCAGCAAAAAAUAUAAGCGCAGCUGCACUUUUCUC